AUGACUGGCCGGCAUUAUCAAAGGCGUCUCGCACCGAAGGAGGAACUCCCGCCCAUACCGGAUGAUCAUAGCCCAGCCGAGCAGAGCAAACGCAAACGAGCCUCCCUAGCCUGCCUGGAGUGCCAGCGACGACGUAUAAAAGCAAGCGUUAUCCAAGGUUCCAUCUUGUCAGCCCUAUGUGGCCCUGGCCGUCCAUGCGAACCCUGUCUGCUCAAUCGACGGGAGUGUGUCUACGAUGAAUGCAACGACAAGCGCCGCAAGAUCUCCGCCGAGGCGACGGAGCGGAACCUGAAGUUUUAUCGCGGCGCCUUGGAGAAUUUGUUGCGCGCCAUCCAGCUCGGCACCGAGUCGGAUGUGGCCCAUAUGAUCACGGACAUUCGCCGGGGCGCCCCGCUAUCGGAGAUAUCUCGCAUCGCAGUCGAUUGUUUGAAUACACCGCCGGUGGCGCCUGAUUCGGGGAAACAGGACUCGGUGGGGAGCCCUCGAUGA